AUGCCCUCAGAUAAGGAUCAGUUGCAGUGGCUUGACCUCCUACGUGGAUGCCUUAACGAAGGUAAAAGAACGUUCGCAACGAUAUGCACGAAUCUAGGAUGUACAUGUAGGAUGCUCUAUGAGAAAGCCAAGAAAGACGCAAAAGAGGCGAAAGAAGCAAAUCAGAAGAUCGUCACAGAGGUCGAAGAGCGAAAACAGGAAUUAAAGAAAAGAAGAGAGGAAGACAGAGCAAGUUCUGAAAAAGAGAAGCACUUAUUAGCAGCAGAUGUGACGAAGAAACUUGAGUCUAAGCAACAGCAUGUAGACACUUUGAUGGCAACCGUACGGGAGAAAGAACGAAAUGAGACGACUCUGACACAACAAGUUGAGGAGCUAAAGAAAGUAGGAGAAGAAAACAGAGCAAGAGCUGAAAAGGAGAAGCGCUCAUUGGCAGCAGAUGUGACGAAGAAACUUGAGUCUAAGCAACAGCAUGUAGACACUUUGAUGGCAACCGUACGGGAGAAAGAACGAAAUGAGACGACUCUGACACAACAAGUUGAGGAGCUAAAGAAAGUAGGAGAAGAAAACAGAGCAAGAGCUGAAAAGGAGAAGCGCUCAUUGGCAGCAGAUGUGACGAAGAAACUUGAGUCUAAGCAACAGCAUGUAGACACUUUGAUGGCAACCGUACGGGAGAAAGAACGAAAUGAGACGACUCUGACACAACAAGUUGAGGAGCUAAAGAAAGUAGGAGAAGAAAACAGAGCAAGAGCUAAAAAGGAGAAGCGCUCAUUGGCAGCAGAUGUGACGAAAAAACUUGAGUCUAAGCAACAGCAUGUAGACACUUUGAUGGCAACCGUAAGUGAGAAAGAGCGAAAUGAGACGACUCAAACACAACACGUUGAGAAGCUAAAGCAAGUAGAAGAAGAAAACAGAGCAAGAGCUGAAAAGGAGAAGCGCUCAUUGGCAGAAGAUAUGACGAAGAAACGUGAGUCUAAGCAACAGCAUGUAGACACUUUGAUGGCAACCGUAAGGGUGAAAGAGCGAAAUGAGACGACUCUAACACAACAAGUUGAGAAGCUAAAGCAAGUAGAAGAAGAAAACAGAGCAAGAGCUGAAAAGGAGAAGCGCUCGUUGGCAGAAGAUAUGACGAAUAAACUUGAGUCUAGGCAACAGCAUGUAGACACUUUGAUGGCAACCGUAAGUGAGAAAGAGCGAAAUGAGACGACUCUAACACAACACGUUGAGAAGCUAAAGCAAGUAGAAGAAGAAAACAGAGCAAGAGCUGAAAAGGAGAAGCGCUCAUUGGCAGAAGAUAUGACGAAGAAACUUGAGUCUAAGCAACAGCAUGUAGACGCUUUGACGGAAACCGUAAGGGAGAAAGAGCGAAAUGAGACGACUCUGACACAACAAGUUGAAGAGCUAAGGACAGGAAGAGACAGAGACAGAGGUCGAUUUGAGAAGGACAAACGGUCAAUAGAAUUAAGCUGGAAGAAGGAGCAUGACUAUAAGGAACAGCUUUUGGAGCAACUUGAGCGUGAGACCUGGAAGCUGAGAACUAAAAUUCAACUUGAAAGUGAGAUACGAUCAGCAGAGCAGAAGAAGAAAGCAGAGACACAUCAAUGGAGUUUCAUUCCUUGGGUGACUUCUGGAAAACAAGCUCAGGGUGGCCCAUCAUCACCUGAGGAUAAUUCAACUGGAGGACUUGGAACGAGUGAUUCAAUACAAGCAGGAGAGGAGCCCCCAGAUGAUGAGUUUGCAGGCAUAUUACAGCAGAUAGCUGACGAUCUUUACGAUGAAGCCAAGAUCGACAGUCUUGGUGGUCAGCUGGGAAUCCUACAGGGUGAUAUACAGAGAGCGCUCAUGACCAAUAUGAGGUGA